CGGAGCUGGACAUUCCAGCCACACACUAACGGAGAAGUCUGAGCUUCAGCUUCCAGCUGUUUGCUGCCUGAGUGGAGAAGCAUCCCAGCAGGAUAUUACACUGGAUACUGGGAACCAGAGACGACUGGUGCCAUCAUGAACCUGACCUCCGUCUCAGAUCCUGUCCACUUACUUAGCAACAGUAUUAAUGGUAUGAGAGACCAGACUGAAAACACCAUCAUAGCAGAGUCAACCAUUUUAGGUGCCUCUUACCAGGAUUUGGUCCUAUUUCCUGAAAAUGGGUGGAAGCAGCAUAAUGUCAGUAAUUUCUUUACACAAGGAGGAAACGUGUCUGAUUCAGCAGUUAACAGGACAGUAAUGCUUCCUGAAGAAGAGUUUGACCCGUUAGGAGGACACACUAUCUGGCAGGUCAUCAUAAUUGUCUUCCUCACUGGAUCGCUCUCUCUCGUCACUGUUGUUGGCAACAUCCUGGUGUUGGUGUCGUUCAGGAUAAACAAGGCACUGAAGACGGUGAACAACUACUACCUGCUCAGCCUGGCAUUUGCUGACCUGACCAUCGGCACGCUGUCAAUGAACUUGUAUACUACGUACAUCAUCAUGGACCAGUGGGCCCUGGGGCCGGUGGUUUGUGACUUGUGGCUUGCGAUUGACUAUGUGGCCAGUAAUGCCUCAGUCAUGAACUUACUUGUCAUCAGCUUUGACAGGUAUUUCUCUGUGACCAGACCUUUGACCUACCGGGCCAAGCGUACGACCAAGCGGGCCAUGACCAUGAUUGGAUUAGCCUGGUCCAUCUCUUUCAUUCUGUGGGCCCCAGCCAUUCUGUUCUGGCAGUAUAUUGUAGGUGAGCGGACAGUCCAGCCAAACGAGUGCUACAUUCAGUUCUUGUCGGAGCCCAUCAUUACGUUUUGUACUGCUAUCGCUGCGUUCUACUUGCCAGUGACCAUUAUGGCAAUCCUGUUUUGGAAGAUCUAUCAGGAGACAGAGAAGCGAGCUAAAGAAGUACAAGGUCUCAAAGGAUCUGGGGCAGGAAACAGCUCAAACCAGACUCAGAAUCAAGGGAAUGGCAGUGGGAGAGCUGGUGGAGAAGGUUCAACCAACAGCCAGAAGAAUGUGUCAACUGUGCUGCGCCAGAUGAGCUCUCAAAGCUGCAGCAGCUACGAACUAAAUCAAUCAUCUGCAGAGAAGAACAACAAGGACAAUGGCAGCUUACCAGAGGGAAUGGGGAACAGAGGAAGGUGUGGCAUAUUUUGCUUCCAGUUUUCGUCUCUUCUGCAAGGUCGGCGUGCAUCCAGGAGGUCCUUCAACAACACAAUAUUAACGGAGGGUGAUGCAGAGCAGAGCAGCUGUGACAGCUUCAACAAUAAUGAAGUUGGGGCUUCAGGGGAUCAGUCAGGUUCUGAGGCAGAAGCUGACGGUUCAGACCCAUCAAGGACUCCAUCAGAUAGUAAGAAGUCUAGAAAGGUGAAGAAAAACAAGGAUAAGCAGCCAUCAUCAACCUACAAAAGUCAAAGAGGUUCAAACCCUCCCAACUCUUCUGCUGACCAAUCACCUGCAGCUAUAACCAUGAAAGAUGCAGCGAUGGCCAAACGCUUUGCCUCGAAGGCCAAGACCGAGAUCAACAAGCGCAAGAACGAAAAAAAGGCGAAUGAUAAGAAAGCAGCACGGACACUCAGUGCCAUUCUGUUCGCCUUCAUCACAACGUGGUUACCAUACAACAUCAUGGUGUUGGUCAAUACCUUCUGUCAGGAUUGUAUCCCCGGAACUCUCUGGGCUCUGGGCUACUGGUUGUGUUACGUCAACAGCACAGUAAACCCCAUGUGCUACGCCCUGUGCAACAAAACCUUCAGGACAACUUUCAGGGAUAUUCUAAUGUGCCAGUGGAAGCAAAAAAAGAACAAACCUCACUUCAAUCAGAGGCAGUCUGUGGCAUUCAAGAAGAAAGACCCUGUGUAGAGUGCAGUGGUCAGUUAGAUGGAUCUGUGUUACAGACUAUAUUUCCUGCUCCAUAUUCAGAGCUGGAAUGAAUAAUACACAGCUUAUCACGGAAAAAUUAAAAAAUGAAUUUUUCCCACUCAGCUUGAAUGAAAGGUUUUGCCACAGAAAGACUAGUUUGUUGUUCUUUCCCAGAUACUGUAUUUUGACUGCUGGUAAACCAAAUUUAGAAUGGAUAUUUAUGGUCUGCAGAGAAUGACUUCUAAUAGUUUUGGUGACCCUUUCAGCCUCUGUUUAGCAUGACAUCAGUUCACAAACUGACCCCCAAAUAUUUCACAUCUGAAAAGCUAAAUACUAGAUUUCCAUGUGAUGAAUUUUACUGGUCCACAGAAUACGAACUGUAGCAGUUUUAGCAGCAUCGCCUUUUCUUUAGCACAACCACAGUUUCAAAUCUGACAAUACCUAUAUUUGGGCAAAAUCUCAUGAUUUUUACUUGGUACAUUCAUUGGUACUAGUUUUUUCAUUUUGGACUUUCAGCACCACCCUCUGACUGAGGGUCCCAAAGAGGAUUAUAAUAAUAUCGUCACUGGACCUAAAGGGUCCCAAAUUACAACAUGCUGUUUGUUCUAGAAGAGCUCAAGACUUCAGAGGAGAAAAAUUCUAUUACUUUUCUGCUCUGGUCUGGCUUGCAUUUGUCAGCUUUGGUUACACUGAUACUAACAGAAAUGGUAUUUAAAACUUAAAAUUAAAUUAAAUUAAUAAAACUAAUUAUCUCUGAAAAAGCUCUGUGAGUUCAAAGGGAUGAGUAGGAAAGUCACUAUAACAAUUACCUUUAUAUGGUGAUAACAUUGUGCUUUAAUAGUAGCUGAACUACUUGCCAAGUCUCUACACAUGGAAUUAAUAAUAUUAGUAGUCUUUUAUAUGUAGUUAAUAUUAGUACACUCUAAUCUAUCAGUCCUGGGACAACUCCAUCCCUUUAUGAGGCUUCAGUUUUUGUCCAAACUGUUUCAGAGAAGCGUUGGCUCGGCAUGCUUCUAUUGAAUUUUAGUUGUCUUGUGAAGUGUUUCUAAAUCUUACCUGAUAACAUGAAUGGGGUGCAUUAGUGUGUGUGUGACAUAAACCUUCUCACCUAAUCAAUACAUCCACAGUGGUUUAGUUCUGCAUGUUGUCACUUGAUUCACGUUGUAUUCAGUGGCUGUGGUUUUUGGAAAUAUAAACAAUAUUAGAAAUAGUUCAAGUAUAAAAAACAAACAGACAGUAGAUCCUUGAUGAUGCUUUGGUUGAUACUAUUGACUGACUAGUAUUUGUAUGAUGCAACUCUGACAAUUAUCAACUGUGUGAGUCUUACUGUGUGUACAUCUGUAUAAAUACUAGGGAGCAGCAUGAUAAUGUGAAGAUGCAUACAAAGCACACAUAUGGAAAAUAAUGUGGCAGCUUCCAUAUGUCGGCCUGGUAAUUAUUGUGCAUAUUACAUGUGCACAUUGCAGGUUGCCAGUGGAAGGAGAGGAACAGAUAAGUACUGAUAAUGACCUUAACCUUUUCUAUUUUUCACUGUAGCACGUUAGAUGGAGAGUGUUGUUUUGUCAGGAAGUGAAGAAAGCAUUUACGAAUCAAUGCCAGUCCUUUAGAUCCACCUUAUGGAAAACUAUUUCUUAUUAUUUUAAAUUGCUGUGAGAUAAUACCUAUGUGUUUUAAUUAAUUACUUUGCACUUGAGUGUUUUGUAAUAUGUGCAGAUCAGUGUUUUUACAAAUCUGACAUUUGCACUUGUGUAAAAGAGCUAAACGGCAAUAAAACUGUGUGACAUUUAUUAUAUAAUCUGUGAUUCAUGAAAAUACUUUUAAAGAAACAAAGAUUUUGGCAUGGUGUGUUACGUCACUUCAGUUUUGUGUCACUGCAAAAAUGGUGCAACAGCACCAACAAGUGGCUUCAAAGUCAAACUGCAGUGAUGUUAGUCAUUGAGUGAUAACUACACUUUGCUUUUCAAAGUGAAUAUUCUAUUGUGCACAUGAAAGCCAUGACCGAUAUUACACCUUAACUCCAGGAGAACUCCAAUGUCAACUGUCCUCUUAUGCAUACGUUAUUAAUUAUUCACGUCAUAUUAAAAUGCUGAAGUGUUUGUUUAUCAACAAUAACUAAAUUAUUUUUAAAUUUUUCACUCAGUAGCUCCAAACAUGAAAUAUAGGAAAAUAAUCUCCCCAGACUGAUAAUUUUUAUUGUUUAGAGGCAAAGAGCAGCAGGGUCAAUAUUGAACCGUGGGACUUUUUGUAUCAUAGUUGACAUUUUUGCUGUUUUCAGGCCUAAAAUCAACAUGGCCGCCUAUAACCAAACAACACAUGACAUUUUUACAGAAAGAUUCUUCUAAAUAUUAUAUAUACAAUUGAGUGAAAUUGAGAGUUAUUUAUAAAGAUAUUGUAGUAAACCUGUUGACAUGCCAUAAAUCCACACUUGACACACACUACUUUAUAUUAAAUAACUCAGAAAGCCUUGGAGUCUUGCCAGUCUUUUCUUCAGGAGGAAAUGACAUCAUGUGGAGCAGGUCAUGUGAUCUGGAAUUAACACACUUCCUUGAGAGGUGUUUUUGUAAUGGGUAACUUAGUUGGAAGUGAUUUCUUGGACACAGAUACAGUUUGUUAUUUUUCAUAUAAAUUUGAUAUAUUGCCAAAAAAGAAAUAUCUGUCAUGAUUAUCUCAACUUAAUAAAAAGAACACAAUCAAAACAAUUUUUGAAUCAGCUCAUUUUAUUAUUGUUUAGCUAAUUAGAAGGUGGUUGUUAUUAAAUUCGGACAGUUAUUUCGUUGACAUUUUAAUGAUAUCCAG